AUGCGUUGGAACGUAUCUAUACCGUUCCUUCUCGCCGGCAUCAUUGACUAUGCAUGUGCUGGCCUGCAUCACUAUCAUGCUCAUAGCCAUCGACACCGUCAUUUGAUGCGUCAUGCUGAGCAGCUGGAGCCGAGGGAUCUGGCUUGGGACAAUGUGGAGAAUAUCCAGGGCGAUAUGGAGCUGGAAUUUGUUACUCUCACGACUACCACUACAGUCGUUGGCAACUGUGCGCCUACACAUACCAUUUUUAGUACUUUGACACUCGUGAGAGAGGACACUGAGCCUACAUCAUGUGCGUCGGAGUACCCGGCGCACAGCUUCGUGCCUGGGCCUAUGGUCCCGGAGCCUUUCCAAGCCCAUUGGAAUCAGGUGCAGCCCCAUCCUGAGCCUAUAUAUCAAGCGGCAAUCCAGCCCAGGCCCACGAUGUCUCAAAUGAGUCAGCCUGAGAUCUCUCGUCCUAAACAAACAGAGUCUGAAGAUGUCACGAUCACAAAGACCAAAACCAUUACCCGAACUGCAACAAAUACCGUGAAGGUUACCGUCACGCCAGAGCCAGGGACACCAGAAUCAGAUACGCCGGAGACAGGUACACCAUCAUUGGCAGACACACUGCGCGAAAAUCCAACAGAAGAACAAAAAGCUGUCCCUCGAAAAGGUCCACCAAAGAAAGACAAGGGCAAAAACGGGGAAAAGGGCGCCGUAAACGCAGUCCUCGAUAUUCCAAGCGAAGUACUCCCAGACCUACCAGUCGUGGACCAAAUCCUCCCAGGACCCAAAGUGCACAACCCCGCCCCGAUAGCCUGGACAGAAAAGCCACCAAAUGGACAAUUUUCAUUCGACCGAUUUGGCGGGCGUACAGCACCCCACGGAACAGAAAUCCACUACAAAGGCAAUGUUGGUAAACCAUGGGGCAGCAACAUUAUCACCGUCAGUCCAGAAGAAGCCCACAACUACAAAUACGUCGCGCAGUUCCACGGCGCACAAGACAAACCCUGGACGGUAGUGGUAUGGAACAAAAUGGGACCCGACGGCAAGAUGACAGGAUGGUACGGACACUCUGCCCUGACGUUCUCCAUUGCACCUCGAGAAACGCGCUAUGUUGCCUUCGAUGAGGAUUCAGAGGGUGCAUGGGGUGCUGCGCCGGGUCAUUCUCUGCCAAAGGAUCAGUGGGGUGGGUAUUCGUGUACCUGGGGUGAAUUUACAUUUGGGGAUGGGGAGAAUAAUGGGUGGUCUGGUUGGGAUGUUUCGGCUAUUCAGGCGCAGAUUGCUAAGCAGUUUGUGCAGGGUAUGUCGAUUUGUCAGGCUGAUGGACAGGGGUGUUCUGUUAUUACUCCCAAUGCUGAGAGAGUUGUUGAUGCUUAUGUUGAGGCGAAGAAGGCUCGGAAUGGCAUUGGAGGUGCUGCUGCUCCGGGGCCGGUACGGUUGGAUGUUUUGCUUGAUUAUCGGGGGUAA